UCGGAGAAAAUUUUCCCUUAUCGAAGGUUUUUCGAAAGGUUAGUUUUCUACAGAAAUCAAGAAAUGGGGCAACACGUUUCACGUACCGAUUUUGAGUGGGUCUAUACUGACCAACCUCACACGAGUCGUCGUGAUGUCAUGCUGCAAAAGUAUCCGCAAAUCAAGAAACUAUUCGGACCAGACCCACGUUUCAAACAUAUCGUUUCGGCAAUGGUGCUAACGCAAAUCAUCAUGCUGUAUGUAAUGCAGGACCAAUCGUGGAAAAUGAUUGUCCUAGUAGCUUAUUGCUUUGGAGGUGUUAUCAACCAUUCACUGAUGUUGGCCAAUCAUGAAAUUUCUCAUAACAUGGCCUUCGGAUAUGGAAGACCUAUGGCCAAUCGAUUAUUUGGCAUGUGGUGUAAUCUACCGAUCGGAGUGCCGAUGUCGGUUUCGUUCAAAAAAUAUCACACCCUUCAUCAUAGAUACUUGGCGGAAGAAAGACUAGAUCCUGACUUGCCUACCAUUCUUGAAGCGAAGUUAUUCUGCAACACUUUCGGAAAGUUUAUAUGGGUCAUUCUGCAACCCCUGUUCUACGCUAUAAGGCCAUUAUUUGUAAAUCCAUUGCCCGUAGAGAGACUGGAGAUCGUCAACACUAUAGUACAGCUUACUUUCAAUGCAGUAGUGAUGGUAAUUUUUGGCUGGAAAAGCUUGGCGUAUUUGCUUAUUGGUUCUUUCUUAGCAAUGGGAAUUCACCCUGUAGCAGGACAUUUUAUCGCUGAGCACUACAUGUAUGCAAAGGGUUUCGAAACGUAUUCCUACUAUGGCCCUCUGAACUGGAUCACGUUCAACGUUGGCUAUCAUAACGAACAUCAUGACUUCCCCGCCAUUCCUGGUAGCAGGCUACCGGAGUUGAAGAAGAUUGCACCGGAAUUCUAUGAAACCAUGCCACAACAUACUUCGUGGGUACGCGUGAUGUAUGAUUUCGUGACUGAUCCAGCGAUUGGACCCUAUGCGAGAAUUAAACGAAGGGCACUUGAGAGAGCAGGAUAAGUGACAACAGACUAAACGGCCAAAUGCAAGUGACGAGUGAAAUAAUAAGGAAGAUUCAACUUUGUAUACUACUGUAUGCGUAUUUAU